AUUACACUGCGUCUCCCAUCCAUCAUCCCCUCACCUCAUCACAUUCAAUCUCUCACUCCACCAUUUCAUCAUUGCACUAAACCUCCAGCCCUCUCUCCAGUUCAAUAACCAUAAUCAUGGCAAUCGAUCACACAAGCCUCUACGUCCCCGAAGCCCAAUUCCAAGCCUGCCUGGCCUUCUACCUGGCCGCCCUCAAGCCGCUGGGCUACGAGGUCCGCUACCAAUUCGGCGAGUUCAUCGUGGGGCUGGGCUCGGUCCACGACGACAUCGGCAGCUACCGCAAAGCCGACUUCUGGGUGUUUGGCUCGAAGGAAAUCCCCGCGCGUGCGGCACAUAUUGCGUUCACUUGUCUCGACCACGCGACCGUGGACGCGUUCCACGCCGCCGGGGUGCAGGCCGGGGGCACGGACAAUGGGGCCCCCGGAUUGCGGCCGGAUUACCAUGCCACGUACUACGGGGCCUUCGUGCUGGAUCCCGCGGGGAAUAAUAUCGAGGCGGUGGAUCAUGGGCUUCGUUGAGAGGAUUCUCUGGCGGGGAUGGCGGUUGGCGAUGGUGCCGCUUUACUGGUUGUACGAUGUCGGAUGUCCGAUUGAUUUUGGGAUUCCGGAAUUAGAUUGCCAUUUCCACCCCCUACCCACGUCCUCAUCCCUAUACUUGUA